GGGGGCGAAGCCCCACCCCGUCCCCGACUGCAGGAGCGGAGUGAGGAGACGAAGAGGAAGUCCCGCGUGCGCACUGACUAUACAAGCGAGGGACCUCGGUGUCAUGGCCGCCGACGGUGACGAUGGCGCAGCCUCAGCUCCAGCCGUCUCUGACGGUGGUGCCAGCCAAAGCACAAAAUCUGGGGAGGAGCUAGUAGUCCAGGUUCCCGUGGUGGAUGUGCAAAGUGACAACUUCAAGGAGAUGUGGCCAUCCCUCCUGCUGGCCAUAAAGACGGCUAGCUUUGUGGCUGUGGACACGGAACUGAGUGGGCUUGGGGACAGGAAGAGUUUGCUGAACCAGUGCAUCGAGGAACGUUACAAGGCCGUGUGUCAUGCUGCCAGGACCCGUUCUAUCCUCUCCCUGGGCCUCGCCUGCUUCAAGCAGCAGCCAGACAAGGGUGAACACUCAUACCUGGCCCAGGUGUUCAAUCUGACUCUGCUGUGCAUGGAAGAGUAUGUCAUAGAACCAAAGUCUGUGCAGUUCCUGGUACAGCACGGCUUCAACUUCAACCAGCAGUACGCCCAGGGUAUCCCCUACCACAAGGGCAAUGACAAGGGUGAUGAGAGCCAGAGCCAAUCAGUGAGGACACUGUUCCUGGAGCUAAUCCGGGCCCGCCGGCCCCUGGUACUACACAACGGUCUUAUAGACUUGGUGUUCCUGUACCAGAACUUCUAUGCACACCUGCCUGAGAGCUUGGGAACCUUUACUGCUGACCUAUGUGAAAUGUUCCCAGCUGGCAUUUAUGACACCAAAUAUGCUGCUGAGUUUCACGCCCGCUUCGUGGCCUCCUACCUAGAAUAUGCCUUCCGGAAAUGUGAGCGGGAAAAUGGGAAGCAGCGGGCAGCUGGCAGCCCACACCUCACCCUGGAGUUCUGCAGCUAUCCUUCUAGCAUGAGGGCCCAUAUUGACUACCGCUGCUGCAUGCCCCCUGCAACCUACCGUAUUCAUUCCACCAGCAUCUGUGACAACUUCUCGGCCUAUGGCUGGUGCCCCCUGGGACCACAGUGUCCUCGGUCCCAUGACAUUGACCUUAUCAUUGACACUGAUGAAGCUGUGGUGGAGGACAAGAGGCGACGGCGACGACGUAGGGAGAAACGGCGGAGGUCUUUGUUGGGCCUGCCUGAGAAACAGACUUCUGGGGAAACUGAGGAUGGUCCUCCCACCAAGCAGGUCUGUAGGGUUGGCCUCAAGCCUGAGGAAAUUGAGCAGGAGGUGGCUGAGGAUGAGACUGGGAACCAACCUGGCUCUGAGCAAGGUCACAAAAAUGACUUGGAGAUGGAGCAGAGAGCAGCAAGGCCUGACACAGCUGACAUGGCCAGCUCGGAAGCUCCAGAGAGUCAAGUCAGUCCUAACCCAGUGCCUGGGGAUGGACUGCAUCGGGCUGGUUUCGAUGCCUUUAUGACAGGUUACGUGAUGGCCUAUGUGGGAGUGGGCCAAGGACCCCAGCCCUGUAACUCUGAACCAUGGCUACCUGAAUGCCACAACAAGGUAUACCUGAGUGGCAAAGCUGUCCCCCUCACAGUGGCUAAGAGCCAGUUCUCCCGUUCUUCCAAAGCCCACAACCAGAAGAUGAAGCUGGCUUGGGGCAGCAGCUGACCCAACUUCACUCAGCGCCCAGGAAGAGAAGCUGAGGGUGGAACAGAGGGGUCUGGAUCCCUCUAGCCUGUGAGUGUCCUACUCCUAACUACUAGGGGGUGGGGACAGGGUCCUGGCAGAGAUACUGCUGCAUCACUCCUGGACCUUUGCCUUUACCCCAGAGGAUGAGGAACAAGGAUACAAGUAAGAAGGCUGACCAGCACCUGUAACACAGACUUUAUUCAUUUUUAAAUCUCAAAGUGUCCUGGGAAAGUUUAAAAAAAAAAAAAAA